GGGCCUCGGGGAUGGGCGAGGAGAAGCGGGGUGCAGCAGGGGCCUCGCGCGUCCUUUGCGGCACCCACAGCCAUUGCCCUUCAGAACUGGGGCGACCCCGGCAGCAGCAGGCGCCGAGGUGCGCAGUACCUCACCGUGGGUGCGGAGCUGGGUUUACCGAAAGGCAGCACCUGCCAGGGCUGUGUUUGCUGCCCCUGGUGCCGCGGGGUGUCCGAGUCGGGCCACAGCCAGACCCGUGCGCCUCGACCCGCUGGGCGGCUGGCUCGGAGGCCGGAACAGUUCCGCUGUCGUGAGGUCGAUAGGCACGGCCUGCAGGCUUUGCAGCGGGGUGAAAAACUGCUGCCUGCCGUGUUAGCACACUGGAGCUGCCGAGUGUUUGUGCAUGGGUGGAGUAUUUGAACUGCUAAUCCGUGGCCAACUGUUAAGAGGAUAGUUGCAAUGAUCUUUACUCUUGCUAACAUGCUGUGUGUUGUCAACCAGUAGGCCGCUGUGCCUGUUCUGUGUGUUUAAUAAAACCCAAAGCAAUAUCCUGUGUUCAUGAACUUCCGGAAACAGGAUGUCCCUCUUAAAACUGUUUCACAAACAGAAGUUGCAAAACUUACUCUUCACCAUUCAUCUCUCUCUGACUUGGAGAAAGCAGGACACAUCUCCAUCGGCUUCCCACUUACUGAAAGAUGUCAGCAGUUGGAGUAGUGUCUUCCUGUUCCUGUCUCCGUACUGGUGUACGGCUGCGGAAACCGGGAAUGCAGAAGAUGAGCUCCUUCGGCUUACACACAGCAGCCAGGUGUGCUGCCAAGGAUUAUUAUGAAGUACUUGUGUUGGGUGGAGGCGCUGGUGGAAUCACCAUGAGCGCUCGGAUGAAGAGGAAAGUGGGGGCAGGAAACGUGGCUGUUGUUGAGCCUAGUAAGACUCAUUACUAUCAGCCACUGUGGACCCUCGUUGGUGGUGGUGCAAAGCAGCUGGCAACUUCUGCGCGUCCAACAGGAAGUGUAAUGCCCAAAGGUGUUGAGUGGAUCAAAUCUCGAGUUACAGCAUUGGAUCCAGAUAAGAACUGCGUCUGGCUGGAGAAUGAUAUUAAGGUAUCUUACAAGUAUCUGAUAAUUGCUCUUGGGAUUAGUCUGCAUUAUGAAAAGAUCAAAGGCUUGCCUGAGGGUUUUCAUCACCCUAAAAUAGGUUCCAAUUAUUCAGUUCAUACGGUAGAGAAAACAUGGAAAGCUUUACAAGAUUUCAACGAAGGAAAUGCUAUCUUCACUUUUCCCAAUACACCAGUGAAGUGUGCAGGGGCUCCUCAGAAGAUCAUGUAUUUAUCAGAGGCCUACUGGAGGAAAACAGGAAAACGUUCCAAAGCAAACAUAAUGUUCAACACUUCACUUGGUGUCAUUUUUGGUGUUAAGAAGUAUGCUGAUGCAUUGCUUGAAAUAAUAAAGGAAAGGAAUAUUACUGUUAACUAUAAGCGCAACCUUGUAGAAGUUCGAGCAGACAAGCAGGAAGCUGUGUUUGAAAACUUGGACAAACCUGGAGUGACUGAAGUUCAUCAGUAUGAAAUGCUUCAUGUCACACCCCCAAUGGGGCCACCUGAUGUACUCAUCAACAGUCCUGUCUCAGAUGAAGUGGGCUGGGUGGAUGUAGAUAAGGAAACUCUACAACACAAAAAGUAUCCUAAUGUAUUUGGUAUUGGAGACUGCACCAACCUUCCAACAUCAAAAACUGCUGCAGCCGUAGCUGCCCAGUCUGGAGUGCUUGAUAAAACUAUUUCCCUGGUAAUGAAGAACCAGUUGCCAACUAAAAAGUAUGAUGGAUAUACUUCCUGCCCGCUAGUAACAGGCUACAACAAGGUGAUUCUGGCAGAAUUUGACUACAAUGCUCAGCCUUUGGAGACCUUUCCCAUUGACCAGAGCAAGGAGAGAGUAACCAUGUACCAUAUGAAAGCUGAUAUGAUGCCUUUUCUCUAUUGGAAUGCACUACUUAAGGGAUACUGGGGAGGACCAGCUCCUGUCAGGAAGCUAAUGCAUCUGGGCUUGAAGUAACUACUGGUUCUCAGUGUUGGUCAAACCCUUUUGAAGAAAAAGGACUGGUCUCACAAUGGAUCCAUGCGUAUCUUCCCUGUUGGACCAUAU